CGGCUAUCGAUCCGUCAGCGGAGCCGCAUUGCCGUACAUUCCGGAGGCGGUGCCUCGCCUAGUUUUCGUCGAUCGUCGGCGUGGCGGGCGCGUGUCGGCGUCGGCGGCGGCCCCGGGCGGCCCUGCGCAGUAGCGACCAAGUGUAGCGCGGGAGCGACCGACCUUCCUUCCGCCAAAACCGGCUCGCUGUCCGCGGCGGACGGCUGUGAUGUAGCCGCGGCCGGCGCGAGCGGCCUUCGGACAAAGGAUCCGCUACUCGGUGAUUCGCGAUGAAGAAGUUCACGUUCAAGGGGGUGCUGGACGGGUUCCGCAGCUCGGUGCAGGCGGCACCGCGGGGGACCGAGCAGGAGAUUCAAGAGACUCUGCGUCCCGACCACUUCCAAAUCAAAAAGACAUUUCGACACGGGUUCCCAUUCUCGCCGACGGCGCUGGCAUGGGACCCCAUACAGAAACUGCUCGCCAUCGGCGACAAAGGCGGCAACCUCAGAAUCCUGGGCGGGCCGGGCGUGGACGCGCACGUGCGGCACGAGUGCGGCGAGGCGGUGCUGCACGCGCGCUUCCUCGUCAACGAGGGCGCGCUCGUCACCGCCACCGCCGACGACCAGCUGCACCUGUGGACCUUCCGCCAGAAGUCGCCGCAGCGGCUGCACUCGCUCAAGUUCCAGAGAGAGAGGAUCACGUGCCUGCACCUGCCGCUCGCCUCCAAGUGGAUCCACGUGGGCACGGAGCGCGGGAACGUGCACGUCGUCAACAUCGAGACCUUCGCGCUCUCCGGAUACGUCAUCAACUGGAACAAGGCCAUUGAAGUAACGAGGCCGAACCACCCCGGGGCGGUGGUGGAAAUUAGUGAUAAUCCCCUGGAUGCUAGCAAGUUGCUGAUAGCGUUCGAGACGGGCCUGGUGGUGGUGUGGGACCUGCGCGCGCGCAUGGCGGAGUGGCGCGGCGCGCUGGGCACGGGCGGGCCGGGCGAGGGCGUGCGCGCCGCCGCCUGGCAGCACGACGGCAAGCUCAUGACCGCGCACGUGGACGGCGCGCUCGCCACCUGGAGCACGCGCGCGCCCAGACCCUCCUCACUCUCGUACCCGCAUGCAAAAGCGAAUAAAGAUGGCAAACUGGAGCCUUGUAAACCUAUACUUAGACUGGAAUGGAAGACUUCGAGAACAGGCGAGAGCCUGGUGAUCUUCAGCGGCGGGCUGCCGACGGACAAGGCGGGGCGCACGCACAGCAUCACGGUGCUCAACGGCAAGUCCACCACCGUGCUGGAGAUGGAGCACAGCGUCGUCGACUUCGUCACGCUCUGCGAGACGCCGCACACGGCCGACUACCAGGAGCCGUACGCGAUAGUGGUGCUGCUGCAAAACGACCUGGUGGUGAUCGACCUGCAGUCGCCGGGCUACCCGUGCUUCGAGAACCCCUACCCCAUGGACAUCCACGAGUCGCCCGUCACCUGCUGCUCUUACUUCGCCGACUGCCCAUCAGACUUGAUCCCAGCGUUCUAUUCAGUGGGCAGGCAAGGCAACAAGAAGCCAACGGGUUUUAGUGAAAAGCUGUGGCCGAUUAAUGGCGGCGAGUGGGCGCCCGCCUCCUGCUCCUAUAGCGAAAUUAUACUCACGGGGCAUGCAGACGGCAGUGUAAAGUUUUGGGAUGCUAGUGCAGGGACCUUACAAAUUUUGUACAAAUUAAAAUGUUCAAAAGUGUUCGAGCGUCGCGCGGGCGGCAGCUGCUACGAGGAGGAGAGUCCGCUGGGCAUCCAGCAGGUGGCGCUGUGCGCGGAGUCGCGGCGCCUGGCCGUGGCGCUGCCGCACGGACACGUCGUGCUCUUCAAGUUCCGCAAGAACGAGACGCACGGCGAGACACACGUCCUAGAGAUACCGAUGAUAACGGACACGCUGGAAGAGGAGGGCUCGCCGGAGCCGGAGGGCGGACGCUCCAUGUCGUUCAGCCGCGCCGGCGACGCCUCCGAGGGAGACAGCAGAAGAUCGGGCGUGUGGGCGGGCGGCGGCGGCGGGGCGGGCGUGCGCGUGCGCGGGGCGGGCGGCACGGGGGGCGCGCGGCGGCCGCCCGGCUUCCAGCCCACGCUGGUGGCGCUGCAGGCGGGCGCGCCGCACCCCAUCGCCGCGCUCACCAUCAACUCGUCGUACGGACUCAUGGCGUGGGGCGGCGAGCGCGGCGUGGUGGUGGUGGACGUGUCGCGGCGCGCGCUGCUGGCGGCGCUGGCGCCGGCCGCGCUGUACCACGCGCCCGCGCCGCCGCCCGCGCCGCCGCGCCACGCCGAGCGCCAGCGCUCGCCCAGCCUCGACCAGCUGGAGGAGACGCCGGCCGCCAGCCCCGCCGAGCCCGGGCCGGACGAGCCGCCGCCGCCCGACGAUAAGGCUAAGCUCGACACCAGAAGAAAAUCUACCUCCUGGAAGACUUUCAACCUGAAACGACAGCUCUCUAAAGUCGAUCUCAAAUUUAAAGCGGCCUUCGCCGUGCCUACUGAAAAUAACCUAGAAGAGGUCGUCCCAGAAAAAGGGAACUCCCAGUUUUAUUGCGAAGCUAACGAGCGGACCGAGCCACCGGCCGCGGCCACGACGGCGUCCACGGGCGCGUCCACACCCACGCCCACGCCCACGCCCACUCCCGCGCCCGAGUCGAACACGGAGUCGCCGGACAGCGAGGAGCUGAAGCCGGCGUCGGCGGACGAGGAGGGCUCGGGGGCGGGCUCGUCGCCGCUGCGCGUCUGUUCCGACGUGUUCGAGCGCAUGCAUCGCGAGCUGCAAGACAAGCGCGCGGGCGACGUGUACGAGCGCAUGCAUCGCGAGCUGCAGGAGCGCUGGCAGGCCGAGGACGGGCCCCCGCGCCCCGACAGCCUGCCGCUGGAGGGCCCCGCGCGGCCCCCGCGCCGGGCCCGCGCGCCGCCGCCCGACCGCCUGCUGUCCGUGCCCAACAUCAAGUACCGCGAGCGGCCCGCCGGCGGCUCGCUGGGCGGCCUCAUGCGCCGCUUCAGGGAGUUAGUAGCGCGACUGUGCCCCCGAGGCGAGCCCGCGGGCGAGGACGCGGCGCCCGAGCAGGCCCGCGAGCGCCGGAUAGACAAACUGGACAGCUCGUUCUCGCGCUCCCGCUCCAGCUCCAUGUCAAGCCUAGAAAACAUCUCACAGGAAGGCAUCCAGUGCCUAGCCUUUGCUGAUAGCUACACUAAGAAGUCUGAUCCGACGACCCUGAUGCCCACGCUGUGGAUCGGCACGACCCUGGGGUCGGUGCUCACCAUGACCAUCAGCCUGCCCGAGGCUGAGCUCCGGCACACGCAACCCGUCGUCGUCUCCACCAGUGGUGGUCCCUUAUUUAGGUUAAAAGGUUCAAUCCUAACAAUGUCGUUUCUAGACUGCAAUGGUGCUUUAAUACCUUACUCUUACGAAAGUUGGAGAGACGACAGUAAAGAUGUACGAGACCGACGCGAGCGAACUCCCACAAAGCAGAGCUCGUCCAGCAGCGGCAGCCGCAUGAGCCCCACGCCCGCCGCCGACACGGCCGGGGACCGCCAGUUCGUGGUCGUGGCCUCGGAGAAGCAGGCGCGCGUCGUGGCGCUGCCCAGCCAAAACUGCGUCUAUAGGCAGCAGAUCGUCGACACCGACUUUGUGGUCAAGGCUGAAACUGUUAGCCUAAAGGACAGCGUAUGUCUGGUGAACUAUCUAUCGACGGGGCACUUGGUGGCCUACAGCCUGCCCUCGCUGCGGCCGCUGGUCGACGUGGACUUCCUGCCGCUGACAGAGCUCGGCUUCCAGACACAGUCCAAACAGAGGGGUAUCGUAGACCCAAUGCUGUCCAUAUGGGGGCAGCAGCUCAUUGUUAACGAGGACACCGACCAGAUAGCGAAGACAUUUUGCUUCAGCAACAGAGGGCACGGACUAUACUUAGCAUCACCGACUGAAGUGCAGAAGUUUACCAUAGACGCUGAAUUCUGUCAACAGCUAAACGAGAUGAUAGGCGAGCUGUUCCUGCCUCGCGACAUGCCUGAACCCCCCAAGGAGAGUUUCUUCCGUGGAUUAUUCGGAGGAGGAUCUCGACCUCUAGACAGGGAAGAAUUAUUCGGCGAGAGCAGCGGCAAGCCCAGCCGCACGGUGGCCAAGCACAUCCCGGGCGGGUCCGCGGCGCAGCUGGAGCAGCUGGGCGCGCGCGCGGGCUCGGCCAGCGCCGACGUGGCGCGCGCGCACAUGCUGGUGCUGGAGCGCGGCGACAAGCUGUCGCAGCUGGAGGACCGCACCGAGCGCAUGCACUCGCAGGCCGCCGAGUUCUCCUCCUCCGCGCACCAGCUCAUGCUCAAGUACAAGGACAAGAAGUGGUACCAGCUGUGAGCGCGCCGUGGGAACGCUGGCUUCGCUCUCACACGUCGCUCGGUGGCGUGACGCUCGAAACAUUUAGAGGAAACCAAAAUAUCACGUUCCUUCGCCUCCUUUAAUACCGAAUGCUGCAGAAAUACUUAACUCUAAAACAAAUUAGAAGUGACGAUCGCAGCAGUCAGUCUGAAUCGUGUGUCGCACCCGGCAAGUGCUGAACCACUAGGCUCGGAGAGCGGGAGGUCUUCUGCCCGCCGCGCCCGCUAGAGCUUAGCCACCUUGUAGAUAUCUUAUGAACCUUACAUUAGAUUCAUCGAAGCGUGACUCGAUUAGAAUGAACGCACAAACCAUCGACUCUCGAACAUAGUCGAUUUCGAUCAGUAGUGUCCCGCUUUCUACGAUUAGGUACACGCUGAAUCGUUCAAUUAUUACUGUGCCUAUCGUCGCGGUGGCGGUGCGCGCGCAUGCGCCAUGCGACCGCAGCCCGCCCUUUGUACAUAGCACCGCGAGCUCUGCAUUCGUUCACGCGAUGUGAUAAUAUGUAUAUAAACGAAAGCAUUACGUACUAUACUAACGACUUACUCUUUUUAUACUCGUGACACAGUAGUAGUGUCGGCAGCCGCCAGGCCUCGCGUGGCGGCGCAGGCGGGCGCGGCCUGUAUAGUUUUGUAAGCCGCGCCAGCAGCCGCAGCACUCUCGCCUUGCCGCCGCCUACCUGAUAUAUACGAUUAUGUAAACUUGGGUUAGUGUUCACGUGACACAUGACAUUAUUUCGAUGUUGCUAUUAAAAUACAUGUAGAUAUACAUUUUAUAGAUACAAAAUGAAAUCUAAUAUAAAAUGUAAGAAUAGUCGACGAUGUUGAUCUGUAUAAAGUAUUAAGUAAAUAAUAUAAAGAAACUAAUAUAUUAUAAAGAUUGAAAAUUUAAGCAUUGGAUGACAAUAAUUUUUGUUACUUCUCACUGGAGAUUUCUUUGACACAUAAUGUGUAGUUAAGUUUCUCUUCUGCACCUCCCGCUUGUGUUGCGAAUCCGUGCGACGUAUUCGUGGUCCUCAUUACCUUUAGUUGAUGUUCGCUACUGUUUGUAAAUUGUGACACAAUGAGAGCAAUACUACGUACGGCUCCCCAGCCUGAAGUAAACCAGACCAAUCGGUGUCGUGUCGGUGUUGCUAGAUAAAUUAUAAAAAAGUAAAUAAAUCGAUAAGAAUUACGUGUAAAUUAAUUAUUACUAAAGCUCCCUUGUAUAUCGCUGGUAUUGUAUAAGUGGUGGCGAGAGACCCGCUAGGCUAUUCGUUGUAGUACAGAUCCGCAUUACAACCUGUAUUACAUCGAAACAGGACGAGAGAAGCCGUCAGGCAGUGGUGUUGCGUUCAAUAGAGACGGUAACGUAGGCGUGUAGUAACGUGAGUGUGUGUAGCGUGGGAGUGGUAGUGGGUGCGGGUGGCCGGGCGGGUCUGCCGCCAUGCCGCCGCCUUCGUCAUAAGUGGCGUAGUGAAUAUCGGUAUAUCGCAUGGCAAUAACGUGUUUUAUGGCGUCAUCGCGUCUCACUGUUACACUGCUUCCUUACGUUAGCCAAACUUGUAAUAGUGAUCCUUUCAAUAUGUUGCAAGUCGUGCCUAAGCUCACUAGUGCACAAUGCGUUAUAAAGAGUUUUACUAAGUCAUUUAAUAUUAUUUUUGUUUAGAAUGUUGUCAUAACUUCAUGUCCACGUUCGCAUUAUCGCCGUUACGAGCUGGGCUGGUUUUGUACCUUCUUUAUAGAUACUAGUUCAGUUACUUGUGUACGAUUGUGGAUGCCAAACUUUAUACUUCUCAUGCAGAGCUUCUUGGGCAGAGGCAUAAUAAAUAUUAUAAUUGUUACGCGAUGUAAUACAAUUUUAAUGAUUUAUUGUAAUUCGGAUGUAGAGACGCAAGCACGAAUCCUCGUGGCUUGUUGUGAUAAAUUAACAUUAAAUGUUAUUAAAUGUCUCGAACAAAUAAAUGUUAUAUCACUCAAUGCUGUUCCAAUAUAAUAUCACUGUUUUAACCAGAUUAUUUUGUAAUGUAGUCGUUAAAGAAUUUAUUCAAGAAAUAUUUUCAUAGCAAAGUUUACCGAGUUACCGUUCAAUAGUAGAAAUGGUUUAAGCGAAUUUUAAUGUUGAGCUAUGUUACGUUGUGCGGAGAGCAGCUCGCACGAGCUCCGCCGUGCUAUAUCCCAGGGGCAUAUCAGUGGAAUAUAUCAGUCUGUGACCUAAAUCGCGGUCUCCUGUUGUAUUGUAAGGUCAUAUAGUUUUGAGACGCUGCUUACUACGUUUUCUACCAUCGCCUUUUAAUAUACCUAUAGUAGAUUUUCAUUUAACGUUGAUUAGGAGUACCUACUGUAAGACUUAAGUAUUAUUUCACCACAUCGUAUCACUCUCUGUGCAUCCAUCAUUCCUUAUAGAUUAAUGUUAGCCUACACUUUUGAUACAUUACAAAACGAAUACAAAACCAAAUUCGCUUAGAUUUUCCUUCAAAAUGUAGACCUUAAAUAGCAUGUUUCGUUAUAAGUAACAUUGAGUGACCGGCGCCGCUGCGGCGGUGGCGGCUGCCAUACGCGCGUCUAGUCCUCGUUCAUGUCACUACGUGCUACUGACGUACCUCAAGCUCCGUGCAAUAUUCUAUGUAACUAUGGUGUAAUGUAAAUGGUCAAGUUAAGUUUUCUCAAUUCUAUGAUUGUUAUAAAUAGUAGGAGUAGGGCACGUAACACGUUGCAUACGAGCCGGGCGCGGCCUCACCGUGAGCUGCGUCUGCGCCGCCGCGCUCCGCCGCACGCAUUACAGUUCCAUUUCAAACGCUGACGAUUCAUUUGGAAAUUAUGGGACUAAAUUAUAAAUAUAAGUAUUUGUAAAUAAAUAAUUAAAAACAAAAAUCUUGUGGCAAA